UUUUAAAAUACCAUAAAAAGUGUAAUACAUAAUAUAAUAACAGCCUAUAAAUAUUAAUAAUUAAAUACAAAAAAAAAAAAUAAAAAAAGCUUAGAGGAACAUUUUUUUUUUUUUUUUAAUAUAUUUUGUGUUAAAAAAACUAGAAGUGAAAUUUAUUAAUUUAAUUAAAUUUCAAAAUAACAAUAUGAAUAAUAAUUUUUUAGAAAACAAUAAUGAAAACAGCGAUAAUAAUAAUAUUAAUGAUAGUAAUAUAGACAUCUUAUUUUUUAAAGUAUGGAGAAAUAUUUAUAUAUUAAAUUUAAUUAUAUCAAAUAUAUCUUUAAAAUACACCAAAAUAAAGAAAUAUUCAGAAAUUCAUUCAGUAGAUUGGAUGCUAAAACAUUCAAACUUUGGGUUAAUAGAAGAUAAAGUAAAAACAAAUCAAUAUUUAACAUUUCCAAAAUCAUUCAAACUCAUUAGCUUUUUCAAAAUAAUAAAGAAAAAUGAAGAUUUUUACAGAAAAUUAUUACAAUAUUACAAACAACAUAUAAUUCAUUUAAAUGAUGUUUGUGAAGAAGCAUGUAUAUCGGGAAAUAUUACUGCACUGAAUAUAUUUUUAAAAGAUACAGACUUCAAACCUCAAAAAUCACUAAUAGAUAUAGCAAUUAAAGAAGGAAAUUUAGAAUUAUUAAACCAUCUUUUUAGUUUAGAAGAGCCAUCACUCAAAGAAUUUUCAGAAAAAGAAUUAUUGAAUAAUAUAUUUUUAGAAAGUAAUAAUAAAAACUACAAUGAAAUUGCAAAUUAUUUAAUACAUACUGUUAAAAUAAACCUUUCAAACUGCAAUCCGUAUCAAAUCGAUAUUUCAAUUUAUUUAAAGUGCGAUAUUCAACUUUUCGAAUUUCUCUAUUCAAAAGACCUUAUAAUAGUAGAUCAAAACAGUCUUAGUUUUCAAUGUAUGGAUAACCUUUUCGAAUACAAUGGAAAAACUUUAAAGAAAUAUAUCGAGUUCCUGGUUUUUGUUUUAAAUAGAAAUGUAAAAACAAAUGGUACCGCUUUACUACUAGAAAAAAUGAAAGCUUUAAAUCUAAGUGAAGAAGAAUUAGAAAUACCAUUGUCGCAAUUCGAACCUCAGAAUUUAGAAAUUAAAAAACUAAUUGAAAUUUACCUAUUCGAUUUACAAGACGUGUGUUCAUUUAGAUUUCAAAACCAUGGUAUUAAUGAAAUAGAGUAUGCAAUUAAAUAUAAUGAUAUUUUAUAUUUAAGAAAUUUAAAUCAAAAAAUAAAACAGAAAGGAAUAGAAAUUUCAAUAGAAUAUGGAAACUCAGAAGCUCUGCUAGAAAUCACAUCAUCUCAAAAAAUAGUAUUCAACUCUACAAUCAAUAAACCAAAUGCCCCAACUCUAUUCAAAUAUUGCCAGUGUAGAGAAAAGCAAAGGAUAUUUUUACAAACAUUUCUAUACCAUGUAAAUUGUGUAUCUGAAAAAGAUUAUAUUUUCAAGUUAGCUUUAAAACACGACGACCUAGAAAUUAUUCAAUUUAUUCAUCAUCUAAUGGUUAUUUAUGGUGUAUUUGUAAACAAAUCAAAGAAAACAAUUUCCUCAGAUAUGCUUCAGUAUGUUCAAUCAGUUAAAGUUUUAACGUAUCUAUGUCAAAAUAAAAAAGAUUUUAACUUCAACUACAUAUCACUUUUAAAAAGAGAAAGAUUCGAUCUAAUAGAAUGCUUCGAACAAUUCUCAAUUGUUUCAAGAAAUGAUACCUCUCUAUUAAAUGAACCCGACUUAUCUCUUAAUAUUAUCAAAUUUUUAGAUGAAAAGGGAUAUAGCUGUACCUACAAAGCAUUUUUCAAUGCCAGAAAGUCUAUUGAUAAAUACAAAUACUUAGUUGAAAAUAGAACAGAAAAAUAUUCAUACAGUGAUUUCGAAUACAACCAAAACAGCUGGAUACUGCUCAACUAUAUUUAUGACAAAAGACAGGAAGAUAUAAAAUCGCAUAGGUUUGAAAUAGAUACCAAUUAUUUCGAAGAGAAUGUUGUAUUUUUAUACUAUUCAAAUAACCAUGACAAAAUGUUUAGUUUACUCUCAAAAAAUAUGGAUCUUUCAUCAAUUCUAUUAAAAGAAAUGGCAAAAAAGUGUGAUAUAGAAACAAUAGAUAAAUAUAUGUCAAUAUUUUUUCCAAAUGAAUCGUCUACUAUUGGAAAACAUCACCUUAUUCAUCUAUUAGAAUCCGCUACAAAAUGUGGUUAUCUUUGUAUAUUCAAACUGCUAUAUGAAAAAUACCCAUUUGUUUUCAAAGGCGUUAAAGGUGGCAAUGCAAAUAAACUCAACUGUUUACAUGACUCAAGACUAGUAGAACUAACAUUAAUUACAAUGGAAAAUAAUUAUUUAGAUUUAUUUUUUUAUUUAAUCGAUGUUAUUAAACUUAUCCCAAAUGAUAUCCAAAUGCUAAUUCAAUUAAGAUUAAGACCAUCACUUUCAAUUAAACAUCACCUAAAUAAAAGAUUUCCCUUUAUUUAAAUAUCU